AUGGCAGAUAAAAAUAUUAUUUUGUUUUUGGGUUACCAACUUUUUAUUAAAAAUAAAAAAAAUAUUAAUAGAAAGAUGUGGGUACAUCCUUUAAAUAGUACACGUCCUUCUGAAGGAAUCGAUACUAACAUGAGAAAAAGUAUUACUCCAGCUGAAAAGUUAGCAGUACCAUUAAGAUACUUAGGAACAGGAUGUACAUUUAUAGAUUUGCACUACACGUUCAAACUAGGCGCUUCAACUGUAGGGAAUAUUGUAAGAGAAGUAUGUAUUGCAGUUUGGGAGGAAUUAGCUCACAUUGAAAAGCCAUCUUUGACGGAACAACUAUGGAAAAAUACAGCUGAAAUGUUCGAGCAGAGUGCCAAUUUUCCUCAUUGCUUAGGAGCAGUUGAUGGGAAACAUAUUAGAAUUAUAAAACCAACAGGAACAGGAAGUCAACAUUUUAAUUACAAACAUUAUUUUUCAAUAGUGCUAUUAGCGGUUGUUGAUGCAAAUUAUAAAUUUUUGUACAUCGAUGUCGGAUCUUUUGGGAAGGACUCCGAUUCAACCAUCUUUAAGAAAUCUACUUUAUGGAAUAUUUUAACAAGAAAUGAAUUGAAUAUCCCUAAAGCAUGUCCAAUAACAAUUACUAAUAUUGUUGCAAAUUACGUAUUUGUUGGUGAUGAAGCAUUUGGUCUUUCUGAACAUGUUCUACGUCCUUAUGGUGGAAGGAACUUAACAAAUAAAAAACGCAUAUUUAAUUAUCGUUUAUCUCGUGCUCGUAGGUACGUGGAAUGUGCUUUCGGUAUAUUGUCCAAUAAAUGGAGAAUCUUUCAUCGGCCAUUGAAUGUUAAUACUGAAUUGGCAGUAAAUAUCACUAACGCGUGUUGUGUUUUGCACAAUUUUGUACGUGAAAGAAAUGGAAUCGAUUUUAAAGAUUCCCUUACAGUGGAAGGUUUUGAGGAAAUAAAUCCAGUAAUUGUUGAUCGUGGAGGAAGAACAGCUAUUGAUAUGAGGAAUAUAUAUGCUGAUUAUUUUUAUUCAGAAGGAGCAGUUUCAUGGCAACAUGAUAAGUAG